UGAAAUGUGGCACUAUGCCACACCACUCACUUAGCUUGUCAUUCCUGCCCACAGUUCAUCAUUUCUCUUCCAAGCUCUGCUACUUAAAGGCUUAUUAACACUUAAAUGGGACAGACAUUAUUUUUGUGCUCAAUCUCCUUUCAGGGUUUUCACUGCAAUUUCUUCUGGAAGAUCCAGAAACUAAAAGGGACCAGAAUUAGCUGCCUUAUCCGUGAGAAAACUCCUGGUUGGUCUCUGGAAUUGAAGUAAGGAGGGUUGACAGAAUCAUAGGUCUUCUACUUUCUGGGAAGAACAAGGCUGGUGGAUUAUGGGAAAGGACAAUGCCAGUUACCUACAGGCAUUCAUCCUGGUGGGCUUUUCUGAUCGGCCUGGACUGGAGAAAAUUCUCUUUGCUGUUAUCUUGAUCUUCUACAUGCUGACCCUGGUGGGCAACACUGCCAUCAUCCUCUUGCUGGUCAUGGAUGUCAGGCUCCACACACCCAUGUGCUUCUUUCUUGGGAAUCUGUCUUUCUUAGAUCUCUGCUUUACAACAAGCAUUGCCCCUCAGCUGCUGUGGAACCUGUGGGGUCCAGAGAAGACCAUCACCUACCACGGCUGUGUGGCCCAACUCUACAUCUACAUGAUGCUGGGCUCCACUGAGUGCGUCCUCCUGGUUGUCAUGUCCUAUGAGCGCUAUGUGGCCGUCUGCCGGUCCCUGCACUACAUGGCAGUCAUGCGCCCACAUCUCUGCCUGCAGCUGGUGACUGUGGCCUGGUGCUGUGGCUUCCUAAACUCCUUCAUCAUGUGUCCUCAGAUGAUGCAGCUCUCCCGGUGUGAACGUCGCAGGGUGGACCACUUCCUGUGUGAGAUGCCUGCUCUUAUUGCCAUGUCCUGUGAGGAAACCGUGCUGGUGGAAGCGUUCACCUUUGCCCUGGGGGUGGCUCUCCUCCUGGUGCCGCUCUCCCUCAUCCUCAUCUCCUAUGGUGUGACUGCAGCCGCGGUGCUGAGGAUGAAGUCAGUAGCAGGGCGAAAGAAAGCCUUCCACACCUGCUGUUCUCACUUCACAGUGGUCUCUCUCUUCUACGGAACUAUCAUCUACGUGUACCUGAAGCCGGCCAACAGCUACUCCCAAGAUCAGGGGAAGUUCCUGACUCUCUUCUACACCAUCGUCACUCCCAGCAUCAACCCCCUCAUCUACACUUUGAGGAACAAGGAUGUGAAGGGGCCAUGAAGAAACUUCUGGGGUGGGAGAAAGGGGCUGGGGAGCCUCAGUGAGGGGAACACUCUAGUAAUGUAGACAGUUUGCUGGAGUUACUCUCUUAGAUGUGUCUGUGGCCGUGUGGAGAACUAAUAUUCAAGGAGUAGAGUGAACCGGGUGGGAAAAUGCUCUCGAGUUUGACCCCGUCCUCUGCCCUCUGGAUGUGAAGUGGUUUCCUUCUGUUUGAAGUUGCCUGCUUCAGGAGAUCUCUGCUGUAUCUUGCACUUUCCUUGUCUUUUUGAUUUAUCCACAACUGCUGGGGACUUACAAAACUAAUUCAAUCACACAAAGGCACUGGGCAGUCUGCAGAUUAUGUCAUGGAUGUCAAAUAAAAAUUGAGACAACAU